CGUACAACAAGAUGUCGUCACCCACCUCCGCCGGAAACAGGCUACUUGUACGGAAACUGGAGAGUCAGAGAAGCUACAGCGAGGUUAUAUAGCGGGAAUUAUAGCCGAAGUAUUUAUCUAUGAGAACUUCUUGAUAAAGCUACGCUCACGUAUGAUACUCUGCGCUUUGCCGAUACUCCUGACUUUCCAGAAACAGCGGAGCCAGUUUGGGUGCUGGGGAGGAAAUACAGUGCAUUGACAGAGAAAGAGCAGCUCCUGAAUGACAUCACAUCCAGGCUCUGGUUCACCUACAGAAGAAACUUUCCAGCAAUAGGGGGCACCGGGCCAACGUCUGACACGGGCUGGGGCUGUAUGCUGCGCUGUGGGCAGAUGAUCUUUGCUCAAGCUUUGCUCUGCAGACAUGUAGGAAGAGACUGGAGAUGGGACAAACAGAAACCUCAAGGAGAAUAUCUAAACAUCCUCACAGCUUUUGUGGACAAAAAAGAUAGUUAUUAUUCCAUCCACCAAAUUGCACAAAUGGGAGUUGGAGAAGGAAAAUACAUUGGCCAGUGGUAUGGUCCAAACACAGUGGCACAAGUCCUGAGGAAACUUGCAGCCUUUGACCAUUGGAGCUCUAUUGCUGUUCAUAUAGCUAUGGAUAACACAGUCGUGAUAGAUGAGAUACGUAGAUUAUGCAGGGCUGGAAAUGGUGAAAACUCUGAUGCUGGGACCGUUUGUAAUGGCUAUACCGGGGCUUCUGACCCCAGCUGUGCUCUAUGGAAGCCUCUUGUGCUGCUCAUACCUCUUCGGCUGGGACUAAGUGAAAUCAAUGAAGCCUAUAUUGAAACACUUAAGCACUGCUUUAUGGUACCUCAAUCCCUGGGGGUUAUUGGAGGUCGACCCAACAGUGCUCAUUACUUCAUAGGAUAUGUAGGGGAUGAGCUGAUCUACCUGGACCCCCACACUACACAGCCGGCAGUGGAGCCCAGUGACUGCAGUUUUAUAGAAGACGAGAGCUUCCACUGUCCGCACCCUCCAUGUCGAAUGCAUGUGUCAGAGAUUGACCCUUCUAUUGCUGUGGGCUUUUUCUGUAGAUCUCAAGAAGACUUUGAGGACUGGUGCCAACAAAUCAAAAAGCUGUCUCUUUCUGGAGGAGCCCUGCCAAUGUUUGAAGUGGUAGAUCAGUUACCUUUACAUUUGUCCAAUCCAGAUGUGCUGAACCUCACACCAGAUUCAUCAGAUGCCGACAGACUUGACAGGUUCUUUGAUUCUGAAGAUGAAGAAUUUGAAAUUUUAUCACUAUGAGAAGAAUAAAAUUACAGAAGGAUUAAGAAUGUGCAUUAUUUUCCACAGCAAGGCAAUUAACUGAGCAGGCACCACUAUGGACUAAAGACUGCUGGAUACUUACACAGUUCCCUGCUCGUGGGGUUGAUGAGGAGUUCUCCAGUUAUAGAUACUUCUGCUGCAUUGAGAAAAUGCGACCUGUGUUUUGGCCCCUUCAGCUAUCUGUCCUGGAUCGAGCUGGGACAUCAAAUAAAGUCAUGCUUUUGUUCUGUUACACUGUUACAUUCCAUAGAUAGGAAACACCACUGCUUACAUCAAUAAUUUGUGACAAGAGCUGGAAAAAAUACACCAGGGAUCAGCAUUAGGAUAUGCCAGGAGAAUCGGGGGAGGAGGCUUCUUUUAGAUGUGUAAAAGUGUGUGAACAAUAACGCAUGUGUUUUGCAGGGCUGUUAAGACAUAUGGCACAAAUGAUGCACUCGGAAUAAAAGAGAGCCCAGGAUGGCCUCUCUAUUGGUAAUGGCAGGUGUGGAAACUCCUGAGAUAUCAGUGUGUUGUUAUUGUAAAGUCAUGUUUUACAGAUGGGCCAACAAGCAGUUGUGUUGCCCUGGUGUCCCCUAUGACCGUGCAAGUUUAUGUAGGCAUACUGGAAUUGUACACAUUGUUUACAAAUGCUUUCACUUCUUUUUUUAAGUGCAAGUCCCCCAAAUACAUUAAAGACAAGGAUGCAUUUGUUUUGCGUUUCCUCUCUUGAAAGCAGCACUAAGUGAUGAAGUGGAUGCCAAAUUAACCACCGAGUAUGUUUUCAGAUAAACAUGGUGUUCAGCAAAACAGCGCUGUGAUUUUAUUUACUCUUGACUUAAAAAUGUUUUCUCUUUACUGACUCAAUAAAAGCAAGUCAUCAAGU